CAGAGUGGAAGCAGGAAUUACAGCGCUUCCUAUCGUUCAAUUGCCGUGCAAUAGAGGCACUGGAGCCUGUUGCCAGGGCUUUGACUGGCCACUGCAAAGGUAGUUUGUGCGAUAUUUGGAAAAGAAGAAUGCUAUCAGAAUGAUUUCUACGAGAAGGGUGGCUGAGAGAUAUCCGUUGCAUUAUUUGGUUUGGUACAAUAAAUACAAGGAACUGGAAAAGGAACUUAGCACCAAGCAGGUCGACACGGAGGAGCUGGACCCUCGAGGACGGACACCCCUACACCUGGCCGUCACCCUGGGCUUCCUGGAGUGUGCUCGAGUCUUGCUGAAACAUGGUGGUGACGUCAGUAAAGAGAAUCACAAUGGCUGGACAGGUCUCCAGGAAGCCGUGAGUACGGGGGACCUGGAGUUAGUGCAACUUGUUCUCCGCUACCGUGACUACCAAAGAUCCAUCAAACGGCUAUCAGGGAUACCGUGCUUACUGGAGAAACUGCGGCAGGCACAAGACUUCUACGUGGAAAUGAAAUGGGAGUUUACUAGCUGGGUGCCCCUGGUCUCCAAGAUCUGCCCGAGCGACACGUACCGUGUGUGGAAGAGCGGCCAGAACCUGCGUGUGGACACCACGCUGCUCGGCUUUGACCACAUGACCUGGCAGCGAGGAAACCGGAGCUUCAUCUUCCGUGGGCAAGGUCAGUCUGUGCGGCACGGUGGCGCAGCGCUCUCGGCCACUCGCUACACUCAAGCCCAGCCUGUGUUUGUCUCCGGUUGUUCCCAAGGUGUGAGUCUGCGAUGCCACAACGCGGCUCCAUCAGUGUCCAGCCUGUUGGCCCAACAUCCAGCCAUGCCUCCCGCCAACGUGAAGACCCAAAGAAGCAAGACUCCACUGCAGUCGUUCCUGGGCAUUGCGGAGCAGCAUGUGGGAACACACAAUGGGGCCUACAUCACCCAGACAUUCAGUAACACCAACCCCACGUCCAUUACACCAGAGGAAUACUUCAACCCCAACUUUGACCUGGGAAGCCGUGACAUUGGGCGGCCCAUGGAACUCACCACCAAAACGCAGAAGUUCAAGGCCAAGCUGUGGUUGUGUGAGGAUCACCCUCUAUCGUUGGCAGACCAGGUCGCUCCCAUCAUCGACCUCAUGGCCAUAAGCAACGCUCUCUUCGCUAAACUUCGAGACUUCAUCACCCUGCGCCUGCCGCCAGGGUUCCCAGUCAAAAUAGAGAUCCCGAUCUUCCACAUCCUGAAUGCUCGCAUCACCUUCGGGAACUUGAACGGCAGUGACGAGCGGGUGACAUCGCUCAGGACUAGCCCCACUAGCGAGGCCCCCUCUCCCAGCAGUGACACCUCCAGUAUCUCCAGCACCAGCUCCAUGACAUCGUGUCGAGGCUGUGACAUGGACCCGGCUCUGUUCGAGGUGCCCAGGAGCUACACGGUGGUGGGGACCAACCGCGACUCGCUGCGUGAGGAGGACGACGACCUCCUGCAGUUUGCCAUCCAGCAAAGUCUGUUGGAAGCGGGAACGGAGUACGACCAGGUGACCAUCUGGGAAGCGCUGACCAACAGCAAACCAGGAACUCGGCCCGUGAGCGUUGAGGAGAGGAAUGGAGAAAGUAGCCCAGAGCACAGCAACGUGGAGUGUGAGCCCAGCCCCCAGCACAGUCCCAGCGGCCAGCUCUACCCCAACUAUGAUGAACAACUGCGGUUGGCCAUGGAGCUGUCGACGAAAGAACAAGAGGAGGUGGAGAAACUGAAGCAGCAGGAGGAGGAGGAGUUGGAACGGAUCAUACAACUGUCACUCACUGACAAAUAGCAUCAGCAACACUCCUCCAGCCCUCUCACCACUGUUUGUUUUUUUUUAACUAUUUAAACAAAAAUGGGAAGACGCAAGUCCUCCAGUCCAUGCAUUAUCAUUGAGCACAAAAGAGCAAAUGAGAGCUCAGAGCUAGUUUACAGCCGACAAUCCUGCGUUAGAAAUGCAACAUUAAGACCCGGCUGAACCUCCAACUCUUUACUCUGCCGUCUGUCACAGGAUUGAAGAGUAAUGAUGGCAAGGGCAGCCCACAGCGGAGACAGGCAGACGUCUACAGAGAAAUGUUUCUGUCUGUCAUUGGAAAUUGGUUGGAAAAUCCGUGCGGAGAUUCUGACAGGGAAUUGGAAUAUUGUUGGUAUACAUCUGCCCUCGCCUCCCCUGCUUGGAGGUUUUUAACUUUGUACACCUAGAUCGCUCAAAGACUCUCCUGUCUCAGUUGGCAGCUGGCAGUAUGCGAGGUUGUCCAAGUCCAAUUGUCAGCUCGGACACAAUUCUAUAGCACAAUUUAUUCCAAGGAUGUCUGGAAAUGGGACGGGGAACAUCACGGUUCAGUUGAGUUGAGUUCAUUGUCACAUGUACCGAGGUACAGUGAAAAGCUUUUGUUGCUGCUAACCAGUCAGCGGAAAGACAACACAUGAUUACAAUCGAGCCGUCCACAGUGUACAGAUACAGGAUUAGGAUUAGUGCAAGGUAAGGCUAGUAAAGUCCGAUCAAGGAUAGUCCAAGGGUCACCAAUGAGGUAGAUAGUAGCUUACUGGUUUGUGGUUGGACGGUUCAGUUGCCUGAUAACA